AUGACCAUUUGCCCAUAUCAUCGUUCAAGUCUUGGAAUCGGCUGGAGGGCAAGCUCCAAGUUGUGUUGCGUUCCUGAAAACGUAUCAGGUCACAGUGAGAGAGGACCACUAAAAGCGGAGCGAGGACUUAGUUUACGUCAAUCAACGAAGAUAUAUGAAGUCACAAAUGUUCUACUCCCUGUCGGAUCUGGUAAGGUUUUAAAUGUGUUCCGACCUAAGAUAGACUGUAGAGUUGGGGGAAAUUCCUGUUCCCUUCCUUUCAAAACGACCCCCCUCCUGACCCCCAGUGAUAGGGGCUUUUUUGCUGUCGCAUGCAAGCACGGAGGCAGGAGGUUACUUUCGUUACUUACUCACUCAUGUGCAACGUCCAACAUGUAAUUGUUCACUUAUAUUCGGCUGGUUGCGCUAAACUAGUUAAAUCAAAAUGACGGUCCAGGCGGGUUAUUGGUGUGGAAAUGGAUGGCGCUGGUAUCUUGAAUACUGUCAAGGACAAGAAACCAGGGUGCGUGCGGGCUGUUAAAUUUUGUAGAGGCUUAUUAUAACCAGGGCAUUUACUUUAAUAGUGUAUCCUGGUUUGAUGUUAAAACAAUCAUUCCAACCUAUUGACAUUAAUUUUACACCUGCCAGGAAUCUGCGUUCGAUGUCAAAAGUCUUUUGGAACACUGUUUGAAGGGUCACAUCAGACAACACCAAAAGAGGUUGAAAGUAUGACAGAUUGUUUGAGAAAAUUUAACUUGGUAAGAGUCUUUAGUAGUCUUUUGUGUUAAGGUGGCUACGAAUAAGAAUCAUUUUAACUAUUAUUAUUACUAUAAAUUUUUGUAUAAUUAUAUUUGCUUGAUUACACUUCUUUGUUUACUAGGGCGAUGAAACUGCAUCCUCCAGCAAUGUGACUGAAAUCAAAUCUCUUCCCGCUGAUCCUAUAACUUUAGGCGAGCAAGAUAAAACUCAAGCAGCAGUCGUUACGUCCAAGCGCCAGAGUCUCUACCUACCUCCAGAAGAUUCUGACUAG